CUUUCUCGGCCAUCCCCUAUUGUGGUCUCCUUCUAGAAGGAUUCUACGGAUAUGAGGUUCAGGUAAGUCGAACCUGUGUUGCAUUUUGAUGGCUCGGUUAAGAUGGGUCUUUUUCUGAGGUGACUCCGUGGUUUUGUAUGAGUCGUGUGGAGUUGAAUCGGUCUGGAAAGUGACGAGACUUCCACCGUAUUAUGGGAGUACGGAGACCUAGAUGAGACGCUUUUUUUUGGUGCAAUCAGGAGAAGCUUCAAUCCACCGGCUGAUGGCAUUGCACGCGUACAAGAGUGCAAGCAAUCAGUUCGGCUCCUUGCUCAUGAUCAACUCGACAUCGUCCUGCAUCUUGACCACUUUAGACGCAGGGCGUGAGUGCUACAUCAGACCUGCUCCACAGCAUGGAGAGUUUUCCGAACGAAGAUGUUACAGCGAUGGCGCGUGUGUUAACCUAGUGUACUCGGUCUUUAUGAAUGCUCUAGAUAUCUUGGUCAAGUCUACCGAUCAGGAUACUAUGGACAAGAGCAUUCCGGGUGAUGCAGCAAGUUACGCGGUGCAACCUUCUGAGCGCAUACGCUCGAGGAAUGACAACGGAAAGGACUCGUACCAAAGCCAUCGAUGGCUGUCUUGGGACAUGUCAUCUGCUAGAACUUCUAAAGUGGUGUGCAAGGGCUGGGGCAAGUUGAUGUUGAUGCGAGAGCCGCAGAGACGCGUUAUGCCAUUCCCGGCGCUAGAGAAACAGUGCCUGGAUGAAGUGCGUGCUAUAUUUAGACCUGUUGGGGCUCUUGCCUAG